CCGGCCGUUGUUGUGGAGGGGCCGGUCAAGAUGGCGGCCGGGCAGGGGGGCGGCGGCGGCAACAACGGCGCGGGCAGCGGGACCGGGCCGGCGGCCGGCAGCGGAGCGGCGGGGCUCGGGAUCCCCGCGCACCUGACUCUCUCCUUCUCGUCCGGGCCGCACUGGGGCGCGGCAGCUCUGCCGCAGUCGCACACGGUGCGCAGCCUGGAGCGGGCCCUGGAGGAGGCGGGCAGCUCGGGCAUCCUGUGCCUGAGCGGGAGGAAGCUGCGCGACUUCCCCGGCAGCGGCUGCGACCUGAGCGACACGACGCAAGCAGAUCUUUCAAAGAACAGAUUUACGGAAAUUCCUCCUGAUGUCUGGCUGUUUGCACCUCUGGAAACUUUAAAUUUGUAUCACAACUGCAUCAAAUCCAUUCCAGAAUCUAUUAAAAACCUACAAAUGCUUACCUACCUUAACAUUAGUCGAAAUCUUUUGUCAACAUUGCCAAAAUACCUGUUUGAUCUUCCACUGAAAGUUCUGGUUGUCAGUAAUAACAAGCUGGUCUCCAUUCCAGAAGAAAUUGGAAAGUUGAGAGAUCUAAUGGAGUUGGAUAUUAGCUGUAAUGAACUUCAAGUUCUUCCCCAGCAAAUAGGAAAAUUGCAGUCACUUAGAGAAUUGAACAUAAGAAGAAAUAAUCUCCAUAUGUUGCCAGAUGAAUUAGGAGAUCUUCCCUUGGUAAAGCUGGAUUUUUCUUGUAAUAAAAUUACAGAAAUUCCCAUUUGUUACAGAAAGUUACGUCACUUACAAGUUAUAGUUUUGGAUAACAAUCCAAUGCAGAUACCACCAGCACAGAUAUGUUUAAAGGGCAAAGUACAUAUAUUUAAAUUCCUCAGUAUUCAGGCGUGCCUCAGAAUAGAUAAAAAACCGGAUUCUUUAGAUCUUCCAUCAUUAGGUAAACGAAUCCCCUCCCAGCCACUCACAGACAGCAUGGAGGACUUUUAUCCCAAUAAAAACCAUGGACCAGACUCUGGCAUUGGAAGUGAUAAUGGGGAUAAAAGGUUGUCCACUACUGAACCAUCUGAUGAUGAUACAAUCAGCCUUCACUCCCAGGUAUCAGAGUCAACAAGGGAACAGACAUUAAGGAAUGACAAUCACGUAAUGGGAAGUAAACUCGAUCCACAGAAAGACCAGGAGGCGUUUGACUACAUUGAUCCCAACACAGAGGAGGGAGCUCUUCCUGAGCAGGGAGAUGCACAGAUUGGGCCCCUGCUCUCCUAUGUCAAGGAAAGGGGAAAACAUCCUGAGAAAUCCCAGAAAAUAGAACAAAAUGAGGACUGGGGAGAUGAAAAAAGACUUCAGAAAGAGCAACUGCUGGCUGAAGAUGACGAUGAACUCAAAGAAGUGACUGACUUGAGAAAAAUAGCAGCUCAGUUGUUGCAGCAAGAACAAAAACACAGGCUUCUUAAUCAUUCAGUUUCAGUAAACACAAGGAACAGGCCAAAGCAACCAAUGGAAUCUGAAAAAUGUGUCUCAACAAAUGAAGUGAAUUGCCCAGUGUCUCCAUACAGCUGGCAGCCACUGGAAAACCAGAAGGAUUCAGUGGAUGAGCAGCAUUGGCCAGAAACACAGCCAGUAAUCUGGCAAAAUGAAGAAAGAAGGAGAAGUAAACAAAUUAGAAAAGAGUAUUUCAAGUAUAAGUCUUCCAGAAAGAGUUCAAGUGGAAAUGAAAAUGAUGAGCAAGACAGUGAUAAUACUAAUGUGUCCCCACAGUCUCCUGUGUCGUCUGAGGAUUAUGAAAGAACAGAUAGUAACACUCAUGGUCCAUUUGGUCUCAAACCAAGGUCAGCUUUCAGCCGUGCCUCACGCCAGGACUAUGGUGCAGUGGAUCCUGGGUUUACUAUGAGGAGGAAAAUGGAACAUUUAAGGGAAGAAAGGGAGCAAAUCAGACAGCUUCGCAGUAAUCUUGAGUCCAGGUUGAAGGUAAUUUUGCCAGAUGACAUUGGAGCAGCGUUGAUGGAUGGGGUGGUUCUUUGCCAUUUAGCCAAUCACAUAAGGCCACGUUCUGUUGCCAGCAUUCAUGUCCCAUCGCCAGCAGUGCCUAAACUCAGCAUGGCAAAGUGCCGAAGAAAUGUUGAAAACUUUCUUGAUGCUUGUAAAAAAUUGGGAGUUCCACAGGAGAGACUUUGCUUGCCUCAUCACAUUCUGGAGGAAAGGGGUCUGGUGAAGGUUGGCCUCACAGUUCAAGCUCUGCUUGAGUUGCCUGCGUUGAAAGUAUCUCAUCUUUCUUCCAUGUGACACGACUUCUUGGCAGCUAGACGACUUCCCAUUUGCUCUGUUGAUAUGGAUUUCUCUGAGGCACUUCAGCCUCCUACACGGGAACACCUAAGCCAUCAAAAACUAAAAUCUGUCCAGAUGCUGUAGAGAGCCUUACUUUGGAGCUGUGUGUGAAAACCUUUGAGUCAGUUCACAGUUAAAAGAACAUAACUUUUUUUUUUUCGUUUGUAAUUGGAUGUACAAAGAGAACGUGGUAGCAUCAGGUUCUCUUUCUAGUCAAGUUAAAAGCUGCCAUUUAACACCUCAGUGUUAGAGUUAAAUGCUGAAUUUCUUUUUUUACAUUGAAAUUGUUGUUUGAAUUACUUUUGGAAGUACAAAGCACACCCCCUGUCACUUUAAUUUUUCGAGUCAAUCAUUUAACUUAAAGAUAAGACAAAAAUGUAGCGAUGGUAUGAUGGUAAAAAUGUGAGCAACUGAUCACUUGUAAUCCCCUUUCACUCUCUGAAAGCUUAAUAUUUGCAUUCUUUGUUUUUUGCACUCCUGAUUGUAACUUACGCACUUCUAGCAUUGCCAGUAUUGAGUCUGAGUGUCUGGUGAUUACACAGAACAGGAUACAGUGAGAAAAGGACACAGUUUGUUGAGUUUUUCCAGUCUUUAGGUUGGUGCCAAAUAUUUUUUUUCAGUUGUACUGUAGAUUGUUUACCUGUGAAGUGCCUGUGUAAUUGAUAACUCUUAAUAGUCUUAAACAUUUUUGAAAUUUCUUUGUUUAAAAUAGAUAAAAUGGAAAUUUUUUAAUAUUUUAAUAGUUUUUUUUGUAAAAUCAGUAUGUGAAGAUUUAAGUAAUACUUCACAUUUUUGAUGUUGAGUGUUUUAAGUUUGUUGCACAAUUUCAUUGGUUAUUUGUUGUCUAAUAAUUAGAAAAUACUGUAAAUACUUUUUAUUUAUGAUAUUUAAUUUGAUAAUACCUAAUUACUUUUGCUUUAAUGUAUUGUUGGACAAAUACAAAGUUGUCUACUUUGCUUUGUUUGAGACAAACAAUUACACAUGAUAAUUAAGACAUGAGGACUAGUGAUUCAUACAGACUAGUUUAGGACAUUUUGAUAAAACUGCCAGAAUCUCAGGUUUACACUGUGAUGUUCAGGAUUUUGUGUAAUUGCUCCUGAUCUCACAUUACAUUUUUACAACAGGUAUAUCCAUAAUUUAGCUGGGAAGUGUCAGUGUUUAUCUUCUUAGUGUUUGCAGGGUUUAUUGUAUAACUUGCAUUGGCACAUGUAAUUUACAUGUGGCAUUAGAACACAGGUCAGUUUGUACAUGUCUCUGUGCUCAGACAUUAGAUCGAUUGAUAAAUGUGAAAACAAAGCAUUUCCACUAUGGUGGUUUUUUGAAACUUCUGAGUUUAUGUAUUUGUUUGCUUCUGCACAAAUUCAUGCUGUUUUGAGAACAUUUUGAAACCAUACACAGUCAAGUUCUUCUCUAAACAUGUUGCAAAUAAUUUCAUAAUUUUGGUUGUAGAUCUGUUUGUAUUAGUUUGUUCUUCAUUAAUAGGUAGCUCAAUUUAAAAAGUGGCUUGACUGCCACAGAUUUCCUAUUUCAGGCUAAGUUGUUUUCAGUUGAGGGAUAUGUUUGCCAAGCAUUUGAUAAGAUUUGAUUCUGUUCUUUCCAGUUGAUCAAGAUAAUUCAUAAAAGAGUGAGGGAGAAGUAUAGUCUGUUCCUUCUACUGUAGUCCUUAUAGGCAAUAGCUGACAGGAAAAAUAACCUUUUUCUGAUGAUAAGUUUAAAAAUGCUGCUUAUUUUUAAAUCCACUGAAACAAGUUAGUGUACAUGUUAUAGUUAAAAUCCAUUAUUGUUCAUAUAGUGUUGUCUUAAAAUACAGCUUAUGGAGAGGCUGGUGUAUAAAUUAAUUUGCCAAGUCCUAGAUAUAAAUCUUGGGUUAGAUAAAUAUGUGUUUAAGGAAACUGGAUUGUUUUGACAUUUGAAAUAGCGUAUUUCAAAUCUAUCUCUAAUUGGUUCUUGUAUCUCUUCUUAAUGGUUAUUUUAACAACUUCAGUCUUUAUUUUUAUUAAAGGCACUCUCUGAAAAGUCAUGCAAUAAUGAAUGAAAAAUUUAUAAUUCACUAACCAAAAUGCUUGCCUGCUACAUUUAAAAAAAACAGCCACUUGAAGAGUAAGUCCUCAUCUUUCAUUUCACUGUUGUUGCUAUUACCAGAGCAAAAUUCUAGUUCAGUGUUAGCCAUGAAAGUGCUAACUAUAAAUUGUCACUUUCAUUUUACCUGAAAACUGAUCUCCACUGCUAUUUCAUUGUCAUAUUUAAAAACAUUUUCAUUUUCUCAUCCUAAGGUAGCAUUUUUCCUUCUUCAACUAAUUUUAUUAAAGUUACAUCACAGUGUAAACAUUAAGAAUUCCCUUGAUGGAGCAUGACAGCUGCUGACUGCUUAGGGGUUUUUCAAACUCCUUAGCAAGUUGAAAACUGGAUAUGAAACUUCUGUACUCAUUUAAAAUUGAAAAUAAUCAAAAAACUUUUUUUUUCUUCUUCCCCACAGACUUCUUAGCAACAGUCUUGCUUUGCCAUGCCUUGGAAACUGUUAUGGCUGCCUUCUUGUUUAUUGGGAAGGGUAAUCAUGAUUCUUCCAAGGCUUCCCUUCCAGCAUGGCAAAGAUUAAAGCCUUCAAGUACCCUUAGGAGCAGUCUUAGAAAAGAUCCACUGUGCUUGGAUGAAUCUUUUUCUCAUCUUUAACUGCUUUUACAAUUAAUAAUAAUAAUCUAAAGCCUUGCUAACAUUGGAUUGUACCCAUUGUGAUUUCUUUAAGAGCAAUUUCAAAAAUUAUGCUAAAAAGAUUUGAAUUUUCGGUUUCAUUUAGGUAGACUCUGGAAAUAGUUUUGUCUUCUCUCUGCAAAAAUUUGCAUACUCUACUCCUUUCUCCCUUUCCUUUUGAUUCCCAGCAUCUUACUUAUUUUUGUUCAUUCUCAGCUCUAGUGCAUUCAUGUUGUUGGUUACUCUGGACCACUUUUCUCCUUCCUCUUUAAUUUUUUAAAGAAAUUGUUCCAGUGGCAACAGUGAACUAUUGUGAUUGCAGAAUCCCUGUUCCAAACAUUUCCAGGGUUUGAGAUACCCAUUUUCCAUUUGAUGCCAUUACUUAGUAUUUGAUACAGCUGAUGGGUAGUUAAAAACAGAAGCCUGCUCAGUUCUUUUUGCACUUGUUCUGUUUUCACUUAGGACAUGAAGAAAAGUCAACAUUAAAAGCUUUAGGAGGGUGCAUUAAGUUUUCCUAAUAAACUUUGCAAUAAUGUGGCACAAACUGUAAAUUACAGAGUGAAUCAGCAUAGUGGCAGGGCUUCUGGCCUUGUGUAUUUUUUCUGUGUUUUAUGUCACUGGAUGCAGUAUGUCACACGUGACUGAUCUUUCACUUGAGCAAUAAUGUCCCAGAUAUGGUGAGGUCUUAAAGCAGUGACAGUAAAAUAAUUGUUGUGAAGUGUGUCUUCCCAGAGAGUGUCUCAGAAAUGCUUUGCAUCUGUUCUCCAGCACUGCUAAUCCAGUGUGUGCUCACUGGGGCACUGCUGGGGGAAUCAGAAAUCAUCCAAUCCCUUGCACCUAGAGGCUUUCCAAACUCUAACCAAGAACUAUGAGCAUAAAAUAGGGAGGAAUGGGUUUGAAACAAUAAACAACUGACAUCAAUCAUAAGUAGGUUUGAUUUAUUUUAUUUUUUUUAAUCCUAGCCUUUACUGAAGUCAAAGCAAGUUUUAUCCUUGACUUCAGCAGAUUCUCGCCUUUUUGAUUUGUGGAACACCUGAACUGCAGACUAUAGCAAACAUGGCUUAAACUUGUCUGACACUAGCAAACUUUAGUGUCAGAUUCUUGACUAGAAUAGUGACCUCUGGUAAGUCAAAUUAUGUGGAUUCAUUUAAUAAAAAUUUUCUGAUAAACCAAACAUUAUUUAGAUGGUAGGAAAAAUUACAUUGAAGUGAGGUGGGAAGGUGUGUGCAUCAAUAAAGUUGUAGGUGAGGACAACUGUUACGUUUUUACUGCACUGAAAUCUUUAUUUCAAAUAUCAUUUAGUGGCAGUCUCCUCAGAUUUUGGCAUAAAUCUGUAGCCAAAUCCAAACAAAAAUGAAGACAUCUUUAGUUUUCACUAAAAUGAAACUUUCAUGUGUCAUGUUGGUACUGAAGAGAAGGAUGAAGGUUGGGCACUUCUUCCUUUUGCUGAUUCCUUAACUAUUUAUUUGAAAUGCUGAUUCUGCUGAUUUCAACUGAAAGCAACCUGUGGGAGUUUUUAGCAGAUAGGAGAUGUGGUUUGGUACUGGCAAAUCCAGUGUCACUAAAGGCUAAUGUCUUGGUUUCUGUUAAGACCUCUACUUGAAAAGCAAAAGCAAACACACGCCAACACGCACAAAUUUGGAAUUAAAAAAAUAUCAUUAAGACCAGCAGUGAGAAAAGCAUAGUAGAGUUGUCCAAGCAGAAGUGUGCUCUGAGUUGAUUUAUCUUCACCAGGAAAAGCAUUCACUCCUAGUAAAGGACAUGCUUUGUAGCUGAGGUGUAAGAAUCCUUGAGCGCAUGGAGCUCUCAGCAGAGCUUAGAACAAAAGGAAUUUGCCAUCUUUGUGUUCCAGAGCCCGCUUGGUUUGGACAGCUGGGUCCCAGUGCUGCAGGAACUGUGAUGGUGCAGAGAGCACUGCCUGUGCCAGUUUGAUCCCCUGCCCUUGUGCCACUGAGCCUGUGCAGGACAGCUGCUGACAGAAACCCCCUUGCUCUUAGAGAGAUGCUGCAACCUGGGCAAAAACACCAAGUGGUAAUUGGAGAGUAAUCAAUAAUAGAUAUUCACCAAUAUUUAACUUCCACCUGCAGUGGGUGAUGUAGUGAGAGAGGCUUUUGCUCUGGGAACCACAGACCUUUUCUGACUGAAAAUUGCACUGUGGCUCUGAACCAGUUCAUGUGGCCCUGGGGCACUUCCAUGAGCAAAUGCACACAGUAUUGCUGAGUUUGUUCCAUAUGCAGCACCCUGGGUCAUGUGUAAUUAAUUUGCAGACAGAGGGAAAGGUGAACUGUCUGUUCUUAAUGAGCAGUGUUACGGUACAGGUUUGUUUCAUAAAAUAAGAUAAAUUUCUCUUUUCAUGUGAAGAAAAAUUCUGUUGAUCUUCACUGCUUAAAUAGAGAAUAUACAUGAUUAAUUGAAUUUUAGUUUAAACUUGCCAUUGCACAGGAGCAAUUAUGGCUCCUGUGUUCAUUACAUAAUGAAAUGCCCUUUGCUUUAUUUGUCUUUAGGUAUUUCACAUAGUACAGUUUUGGCAACAUAUUAUCUUAAAAUUGUGGUUUUAUGAAGUGUUUGCUUCCUCAUUGGGUUUGACCAUUAUUUUUUCAGCAUGAGAGGCAAAGGACAGCAAAAUUGCUGCAAGCUACUUGGUCAGUUUCUGGGGAAGGAUCACCAGUUAUCAUAAAAUGACAUCUAAUCAAUCAUUUUUAGUUCAAAUUAUAUUUAGCAAAUUGCAUUUUCAAAAAAAAUAAUUUUUAGAGUAUUUUUUAGAUUUUAGAAUCCUAAUCUUAAGCAAAACCAAAAAAAAAUCUUACAUGGCUCUAGUAUCUUAGGAAAUUCUAAAGGAGAAGAAUAGCUCAGACUGACAGCAAAUUUAAUUGUUUUAGAAAAAUUUUGAUUUUGCCAGUGUUAAAUUUGCAGUUGAACUUGAUCCAUUUAAAGUCUUUUCUAGCCUAAAUAAGUCUAUGAUUGCAAGGCUUCAAUUAGACUAGAGUUUCCCUCCAGAGUUUUGUAAUUCAGUGACUUCAUGAAGUCAGUCAUUAAAGUAAAUUCUUGGCACUAAGGAGGGUUUCCUCACUUCAUUCAAAGUUAUGUGAAAUAAGGCAAAUGUAACUUUUUCCAUCAGUUUUGUGAAAGCAGAUUGUAAAAUAGAGAAUACUUGGAAAUUCCACAAGGAUAUGUUUUUGCUUUGUUUCAUUUUAAAAUGAAAUAGUGAAAUAUUUCCAAAAUGACUGUAUUUGUUAGGGUUUGGUUGUGCCAUAGCUGGCACAGGAACUUGCAGUAACUGUUCAGUAUUAAUCCAGAUUCUGGAGCUGUGCAGGGCUGUGCUCUUCACACGGAGCUGUUGGUGCAGUUGUGUUUGUUCAGUGCGAUGCCUGAAGCAUUCCUGCAGCCCUGCGACUUCCUGGCUGUAGCUGCUCUGGGCUGUGGCACAGCAGCAAGGCAAGGCUGAGAUUCCCAGGAGGAGCACACACAGGUGUAGUGAAAAAGGGUGGGUUGGUGGAAUACAUUGGGAGUCAUGUGAAUACUUUUUACUAUUAUGGAAUGUCUAGAGCAAUGAAAAUGUGAUUGUUUUACACUUCAGUUGGUAUUCAGUUAUUUUAUUUUGUAACUUGUGGUUAUAAAACUCAGAAGAUGCAAUGUAACCAAAUGGUCAACAUGUAAAUGUGUGCAGGAUGUGGCAAAAGUAGUUCUGAGGGCACAGCAGGAGAGUGAUCAUUAAAAAUAGAUGCUCAAAUUGUAUAUAUACUUAAAAAAAUUUUGAUAGUGCAUUUCAAUUGAUUUUGCAUUUCAUGUUCUUGUAAAGUGCAUCUUUCAUACUUUUGAAGAUUGUCUACUUGUACUAUACUGUAUUAAUCUUUUUUUCAGGAUUUCCAUUAUUGCUGGAUCUUCCAACAUAGAUGUUUCUUUUGAAAAAUGUUUUUACUGUUUAGGUUUGGUUUGUUGUUUUUUUUUUUUUUUUUUUUUUUUUUUUCUGUAAAUAAUGUUUUGUAUUAAAUUUGCAUGGAUAAAACCACAUUUCCAAAACCAGUGUACAUACGCUGUGUAUAAAAUACAAACUGUUUCAUAAUUUUCAUGUAGUCAAGUUAUUAAAUUUUAUUUCAUUUCAGUUUAUAUAUUUGUAGUAAAUAAUGAGAAUUUGUUGUA